AGGCCACUUCAUCGCGGUGCUACCUUGUAGCGACGCACAUAUACACCCCCUCCACGUGGUUCCUUCCUUUUGACAUCAUAUCCCAUUUCCAAAUAUACAUGUGAGAGGUGCGUCACUGACGCGCAUCUCUCUCUAUUUUUGUUUUCCACCGGUUUGGUGUUCCCUCUCUUUUCAAUCAGCGGGAGCUCAUCGCCACACAGACUCACACACAGACACACAUCACCGCUAAAUAACGUUUAAGGUGUUUAACUAUCAGUAGGAGAGAUACCUAUACACAUUCUCUCUUGUCACUUCUCUCUCUCUCUGCUUCUCCACUACAGGGUGUACACACAAUACGUUGCACAUACUCCCUUAAUGAAUCAUUUUUCGCCUGCUGGUACGUAGAUAUAUAAACACAAUCCGCAGCUCCUAUGACGCCAUAUGAGGUUGCCUUCUUCAUUAUCCACUGCAUCUUGCACAUCUGCGGCUACUGGAUCCCAUGCGCCGUCGGCACCUGCGUGGAUCUGCUGCUGUGCCGCCCCUGUCGUGCCUACGAGAAGCAGAAGCACGGGUUCUCCUACCACCCCGCGCGGGAGGUUCGACUCAUCCACAAUGCGGAGAGCGCCGAGUCUGCGGUGCGCGUGUUCGGCUUGAUGGACGCAUGCGCGUCGACUCUGGAGGAUCGGCAGUUCUGUUCCUCCCCUGUGCCCGACACGAAGGCGGCAACCGAACAAGCGGAGACGAAUAAAGUGAAGGCCGCGUCAUCGACCCGAAUUCAGGCGAGCGAUGGCGAGGGCGCGAGUACAUCCGCUUUCGCUCAGGCACGCGCUGACGGCCCUGCACCGGCCACCACCGCUACCACUGCAUCAGGAACACGGACGGGCAGCGAGCACGACGGGCCUCUUCGUCCGUCUGCGUCUGAUUCUGCACCUCCUACAGCGGAAGAGCUGGAUGCACCGUACCGCUCCCUGCGCUUCCCACAUCCGCCUUCGAGCUCUACGGGUUCUUCUGCAAAACCGGCGACAACGACGUCCAUUUCCACGGCACCCACCGCGAAGAAGGCCCUCCGUACGCCGACCUACCGACCUCCAAGCAAAGCCCUCAGAAAAGACAUCAGAAGGUGCCACCUCAGGUACGAUGCGCCGCUCUACGGACCCCACAUGAGCACCAUCAUGGGCGCUUUCCGGCCGAACCACCCGAUGCAGUACGUCCGUGAGGAAAUGCGUGCCUGGGAUGGCUGCUACGUGGCGAUGGACUGGUGCUACGUGGAGGGCGAGACGCCUGCGGCAUACGAUCACGAGCACACAAGUCGGGUGCGGAAAGCAGGCGAACCGGUUGACACGGCUGCGAAGGAGCCCUUCGGCGAGGCACCCGGUGAAGCGGCGGUGUCGUCGUCAUCCGAUAACGAGAUGCACCAAGGAGGCGGCAACGCACUCGCAGACCACUUCCAAGCAGCGAAGGGAGAGCAGGGAGGAGGAGCGGCGGCGGCAGCUACGGAACAGCGUACAACAGCAAAUGUACCGUUCGAGCAGUCGCCCUCCGCCUCCCUUCCAACGCACCCCACCUCCGAUGGCACGUCGAACCAGGACGCGCAGGCCAACUCGUCGGAGUCCGAGUUUCAGAAGCUGACGGCAGGUAGUGAGGCCGUUGGUGUGGCGUUUAUCGUCCCUGGUCUGACCUCCCACGCCCAGACGAACUACGUGCAGCACCUCGUACACGUCCUCCACAAGGCGAACCUGCAUGUGUGCGUCCUCACCACGCGUGGCAUGGGCGACUCCCCACCUGUCACCACACCCUUCCUCUUUAACGGCGCCUACACCCGUGAUAUUCGUGAUUGUCUACGGCAGUUCUGCUCCAAGCCGGCUCUCACUGCGCGCUUCGGCCACCCGCUGCCGUUGAUCGGCAUCGGGCUCAGCAUCGGCGGCAUGCUCCUGUCGAAGUACGUCGGCGAAGAGGGCAUCGCCGGCGCGGACCCGCACCUCGACGCCUGCCUCUGCGCCUGCGCUCCGAUGGACUACGUGAUGACCGUCGAGCACAUGAACCGCAACGGGGCACAGCGGGCUCUCUACCAGCGCGAUAUGUGCAACUCCAUUCGCAACUACGUGCUCCAGUACGCACCGCUGCAGCACAUGCCAAAUGUCGACAACGACUGGGUCUUUGUGCAGGGCAACGUGUACCGUUUCCGCCGCGUGGUGCACUUCGACGAGCACGUCGUCUCAAAAUCUGCCGGCUACCGAUCGGUGCAUCACUACCACGUGGACGCGUCGGCCAUGACGUGGCUGCCGUAUACGCCGAUCCCGACGCUGGUGAUUUCGACCGCAGACGACCCGGUGAUCGGUCACACCGUGAUGCCGCAUCGCCUGCGCGAGAUGACGCGCGACAAUUCGCGUAUCGUCUACGUUGAACCGCCCGUCGGUGGCCACCUCGGCUUCCUCAGUGAUCCGUGGACGGAAUUGCUGAACAAGGACAACUGGCUGGAGGUCUUUGUGCGUGACCGGGUGCUAGCAGCGUGUGACUACUGGCACGCAGUGCAGCACCGUGCAGAGGAUGUCAAGCUAGGUGGUGAUGAUGGCGGUGAGGAGAUGAAGAAGAUCGCGUUGAGUAGCACAGAGGCGCCGCGCCCAUCUUUUCCAUCAUCGUCACCCGCUGUAGCGCCGUCCACCGCCACGCCGGUGGCUUUGCCGGACCCGUCGUGGUGCACAAUGAAGGUGGUGUCCGCAGCGACCACACAAGACCGCGCGAGUGGCGGGAAUACGUGCUCCGUGGACGGCAGAGAGAGCCAAGUCAGUGGUGCGAUCAACAGCACGCGAGUAUUUCGCGAAGGCGGUCGCGAGGAGCUGCCUGCGGUUGUCAGCGGCGCAGACGCUUCGUCGAAUGGCGAGGCGCUGGUGACGUUGCUGUCUGCUGCGGAUGAACACCCUGCGAGGGAUCACGACGAGGGUCGGUACGCGCCUUCCUCGCAGGCACUUGCUGCCGAUGACUCCGCAGACACGGGGCUCUGUGGAAAGCAUGAGCCCAUCCACGACAUGCCUGUCGUCGCGCCGCGCCUUGCCCUGGAAGAGCUCAACGCGUCUCCCUUCACUUCCCCGCAGCGAGGCUGGGAGAGAAAUGCAGGAGGUGCGUCGUCUAGCGGGGCCGUCGCCUCUUCUACCCCCACCUCCACAGGCCAGCAGCCCGUCUCCCCCUAUUCGCCCCCACGCGCAGACAGGGCCCACCAACCGGUGCUACUUCACGUGUUACAGCGUGCCGGCCGUGCCGCACGAUCGACUGAUGCAGCCGUACUUUGCACAUCGACGUGGCACAGCGGGCGAGGGGCCGCAGACCGAGAACGACGAUCCAGCGUCCAAGUCGACCCCUUGCUUCCGCGACAUACGCAGCAGCGGCAGCCUGCCUUACACGGGAACCAGCGUGAGCCUUGGCGGUGA